UAAAUUCGAAAUACGUAUGUUCGAAUACACGUUUCCCGUUUCCGUCGUUGUAUGUCAUGCGCAGUCGACUCCAAAACGGAUAUCAUAAAUUACCAUUCAUAAACGCUAGCCACGCCGUUGAUAACGUUAUGAGCUGCAUUUUCCAUCAGAGAUUCGAAAAAGCCUGAAGGAGAACCUGUAUAAGGGUUUGAAAACGUUAGUUUUGGUUCGUUUUUGGUUUGUUACGACGUAGUUUGUUGCACCGAUAACAGGUUAGAAAGAGAAUUCUAUUAUUCUCCGGUGUGGUGGUAAAGAAGUUUACUACAAUGGCGAGCUGUAUGAGUGGUGUAGAAGGAAACCCCGUGAAGCAACUGCGUUUUAGUUCUGUGCAAGACCUGUCUCAUGGACAUUUUGAUGUUUAUUUGCCUUAUGAAGAUGAAUUGUCAACAUCCAUUUUUAAUUUGGUUAACUCUGAUAGAAUACCCAGCUUUGAGAAAUGUACUAAAAAACGUUGUGCUAGAUUUACGAACACAAUUAGAAAAAAAAAGCUCUUACAAGCUGCUACUAAAUACCAACAAAAAAAUCCAGAAGUUAACAGAACAGCAGCAGCUAAAUACAAAAAAAAUAAUCCCAAGGUUCAUAGAGUAGCAGCAGCCCAUUACCAGCAAAAUCAUCCAGAGGUUCAUAGAGUAUCAGCAGCUCAUUACCAAAAAAAUUAUCCAGAGAUUCACAGAGCAGUCGUUUGUAGAUAUGAGCAUAAAAAUCGAGGAAAACGAAUGGAAAGGCGAUUGCUUCCAUGGAAGAUUAAAACUUUUUCCGGGAUGAAAUAUGACCCAAAGAUAGCUUAUGAAACCGAUAAAUUAUUAUCCCUGGGCACUAUGAGUCAUAAAUGCUUACACUGUAACGCCCUCAAGUUUAAAAAAGAAGCACCUGGUAUGUGCUGUAGUGCCGGUAAAGUGCAGCUUCCAGCUUUUUUGCCUCUAUCUAAGCCGCUCAAUAGUUUACUCAUGGGCCCGAAUCCUGAGCACAUUCAUUUUAUGGACCGCAUUAGGAAAUAUGCUUGCUUCCAAAUGACGUCUUUUGGAGUGAAACAAGUUAUAGAAGACGGAUUUAUGCCUACUUUCAAAGUGCAGGGUCAGGUAUAUCACUUAAUUGGUAGUCUGCAACCUUUACCUCAAAAAACCCCUCAAUUCUUACAAAUUUAUUUUGUUGGAGAGGAUGAGAGAGAGGCAAAUUUAAGAUGCAGCAUCUUCCCUGAUGUGAAAAAGAGUCUGAUAAAACAAUUACAGGCGAUGUUGCACUACUAUAACCCAUACUUAAAAGAUUUAAAAACUGCUCUUGAAAAAGUACCUCACAAUUUUAAAAACUUAGAAGUUGUAAUUCACGCUGAUAGGAAACCAGCCAAUGCUCAUAGAGGAUGUUUUAAUGCACUGAUGGCAAUUGAAGUAGUCUGGUCAUAGUUGGACAGCAGUUUGAAAAAUGAGAUAUUGUAUUAC